AUGGGCUCCAGCUCCUCCUCCUAUGCCCCCAAAGCCAUUUAUCUGGAUGUGGAUGGGAAAGUGCAGAAGGUGGUGUUUAGUAGACACUGUAGUCCUUGUGAUAUUAAGGAGCUUCUUUGUACCUCAUCCAACAUCCCCAGAAACACUGCAAUCAUGAUGGUGGAUCCAGAGGGUGCCUUCGUCUCGAUAGAUCCUACCAUGCCCACCAACUCUCCCAACUCUCUGUACAAAGUUGUCCCCCUGUCGACUGGCCAACUUGGAGAGAAAGAGGACAUGUUCCAGAAUGUGUUGUCCCAGGUCGCGGAGCAGUUCAGCAGAGCCUUUCGUAUCAAUGAGCUGAAGACUGAGGUCACCAAUCGGCUUGCCAUGCUGGAGAAGAGAGUGGAGCUGGAAGGUCUGAAGGUGGUGGAGAUUGAGAAGUGUAAAAAUGAUCUGAGGAAGCUUCGGGAUGAGAUGACAUCAAGAGGCGGUGGCAGAGUAAACUGCCCAUGCAAAUACAAUUUUGACGACGGGAAGAAGGUCACUCCCAGACGAGACGUCCCCAACUACCCAAAAUAUACAUUGUCUCAGGAGACUGUUGAGGCACUGAAGAAGCCCACAUUUGAUGUCUGGCACUGGGAGCACAAUGAGAUGCUGAGCUGUUUGGAAUACAUGUAUCAUGACUUGGGGCUGGUGAAAGAAUUCAACAUGAACCCCAUAACACUCAAACGCUGGUUGUUGGCUAUCCAGGAGAACUACCGCAACAACCCCUUUCACAACUUCCGCCACUGCUUUUGCGUUAGUCAGAUGAUGUACGGCAUGAUCCACCUCUGCAACCUGCAGGAGAAGCUGACUCUCACCGAUAUGGGCAUUCUAAUGACAGCUGCGGUGUGUCAUGACCUGGACCAUCCUGGAUACAACAACACGUACCAAAUCAAUGCACGCACAGAGUUGGCAGUGCGCUACAAUGAUAUCUCACCACUGGAGAACCAUCACUGCGCUGUGGCAUUCCAAAUCCUUUCCCUUCCCGAGUGCAACAUCUUUGCAAAUGUGGAUCCCGAGGCAUUCAAACAGAUUCGACAGGCCAUAAUCACCCUGAUCCUGGCCACUGAUAUGGCCAGACAUGGCGAGAUACUGGACUCAUUCAAACAGAAGGUGGACAACUUUGACUUCACCAACGAGGAGCAUGUGACAUGUCUCAAGAUGGUACUGAUCAAGUGCUGCGAUAUUUCCAAUGAGGUGCGGCCCACCGAGGUGGCUGAGCCUUGGGUGGACUGUCUGUUGGAGGAGUACUUCAUGCAGAGUGACCGGGAGAAGUCGGAGGGGCUCCCAGUGGCCCCCUUCAUGGACCGGGACAAAGUGACCAAGCCCACCGCUCAGAUAGGCUUCAUCAAGUUUGUCCUCAUCCCCAUGUUUGAAACCGUCAUGAAGCUUUUCCCUCAGAUUGAGGAAAUCAUGGUUCAACCCUUAAGGGACUCCAGAGACCACUACGAGGAGCUGAAACAGAUUGACGAUGCCAUGACAGAGGCGCAGAAGAAAAAAACUGAAAAUAUGUCAUUAGGCGGGAAGAAGAAGUAAGCUCCACAGU